AGGUGGAUGCCCAGUCGCUGGUAUCCACAGAUGGUGAGUGGAAGCUGAGCCCCUCAGGAGGUAGCUGUGAUGACGUGUGUGGAACAGGGCUUUGCGAUACCUCGAAGCAAGAACAACUGACUGAUAGACAAAUCCGAUACGGCGCCAGACUGCUCGGUGGCUACACUUGCCGAGAGACGAUGUCUCCUAACAGCGAUGAUGGUGCUCCAGGGGUCUUGGCCUCCAACAGCCAGUGCUACAGGUACAGCGGACAAGCUGGUAAAACGACGUGUGGCGCAACUUUCUAUUCGAAGAGGCGGUUUUGCUAUUGCAAAGAUGCGAGCGGAGGCAGCUCGGGGGAUCCCCACAUCCAAUCGCUGCGCGGUGCUCACUAUAGCCUCUUGAAGGAAGGCACCUUCCUGGCGUGGAGCUUUUCCAAAGCGCCCGUCGAGUGGCAGCUCUAUGCCCACUACGCAGGUUCAACAUUUACGACCCAAGGGCUCUUGCUGUUGGACAAGAGUCUUGGACGUCGCAUGGAAAUGACCGCGGAGGAUUGUCAAUGGCGCAGCCAGGAAGGCGGGAAGUGGCAUGCGGUCAAGUCUGGCGCACAGGAGCUCUCUUGGAAGGUGCAAACAACUAACCUGACCAGUCCGGACCUUGUGGUGAUGGGAUCCGAAAUCAAUCUCAGCAUGGAAGUUCCCCAAGGCCAGCACAAGGUUGCGCGUCUCCUGUCCCACUGCACCCCCGGUGAUCAUUUGGACUUCAAGCUCACCAUGUUCAAGAAGGAAGACAUUGACUACGUGAAUGGUGAACUUGGAGUUGACCCACAAGUCUGGAACACGUCCUCCCUCUUCUACUCCAAAAGUAGCCAGAUGCAGAUGCGAAGCGAUCUCGAGUUUGAGGCAUCCGCAUCUUGGUCCAGCUUGGGUGGCAGUGCGGCUGCAGCGGAAUAUUUGAAGAAGAAACAGCAGGAGCAGGCUGAGGCUUCCCUGGUGCUACGCAAAGACUGCACUGAAUCUGAGAUUCGGGCAGCCACAAAGACUUGCGCCAAGUACUUGAAGAACAUCCUCAACCAGGACGUCUUUGCCGACUGCGUCUUCGAUGUUUGCCAUGGUGGAGGUGAGGCGGAGGCAAAGCGUGCCGCUUUGCUUUUUUCAGGUUAGGUCGCCGCUGGUUCUUGGUUUCACGCAGCUUGAAGGAUGUUGGUUGGAGAAUUGGAGAGUUGCAGAGCUAUAAUAGUAAUAUUACAUAUG